AUGGGAAGAAACGAAGAAAGGGAUGGUGAGGAAACGAUGAACGUCACGAGUGACAUUUGCAGACAAGUUGAGACUACAGGUAUAUCAAACGAAUUGACUGGGUGUCAGGUAUUUGGGUAUGGAAUUGGGCAUUUUUAUAACGAUUUGUGUGCUAGCAUGUGGUUCACAUAUUUUUUGUUAUUUCUGGAAAAAGUGAUUGUUAUGCGCAGUUCUGUAGCGGGCUUGAUCAUGUUAAUUGGCCAGGCUACCGAUGCCUUGAGCACAGCCUUCAUUGGAGUUCUGAAUGACUCGACAUCGGCACCGCUUUGUUUUCGACGUUGUGGACAAAGGAAGUCAUGGCAUGCUUUUGGUACCCUGUUAGUGACUUCUUCAUUUGCAUUUAUUUACAAUAAAUGCUUCAUAUGCGGUUAUUCAACGACUGAUUGGGGACUCUUUGUCUGGUAUGCGCCAUAUGUAAUUGUAUUUCAAAUAGGAUGGGCUGCUGUGCAAAUCUCACAUUUGGCUUUGCUACCGGAGCUAACAUGUGAUGAGAGCCGUCGAACGACGAUGAACUCCGUUAGGUAUGGAUUCACGGUUGUUGCAAAUUUAGUUAUUUUUGCAGCACUUUCGGUAAUGUUAUAUUUUGAUGAUAAAGGCUCUGCAGUUGGUCCAAUGGAUCUUCGGCACUUUAGCACAAUGUCGGGAAUAGUUAUCAUUUUGGGACUUUUUACUCAAAUUGUUUUUUAUGCCGCAACAAAAGAACCUUCAAGAAUAGGUCAUGUUAUUGUAUCUGCUCAGUCGCGGUAUCAAUCUGGAAUCUUACGUUCAUUCAAAUUAUCAUUUCUCAAAUGGAUGUGUCGUUUUCAAUUUUACCAGGUUGGAAUGUUGUACGUACUUUGCAGAUUGUAUAUUAACAUAUCGCAGGUUUAUUUCCCUUUCUACAUAACACAUUUACCGAAUCUUUCAAAGAUGUACGUUGCUAUGUUACCGAUGGUCUCUUAUUGUUCGUCACUUCUGAUUUCUUCCCUGACUGGUUUAUCUUUUAUAAAUCGUCGAUGCAACUUGGAAAGUUUAGCUUUACUGGGAUGUUUUUGCGGUAUUUUAAGCUGCUUGGUGAUACUGUUCGAUACAUAUUUUCCAGUCCAUGUAACUGCUUUUCUUCUGGGUGUAGCCCAAGCAAUUUUGUUAAUAACUUCACUUUCUGCAGUGGCAAAGCUCAUUAGGCAAAAUACAGAAAGUGGUGCCUUUGUUUAUGGUAUUUUCAGUUCCAUGGACAAAAUUUCAAACGGAUUAGUUUUGCAAAUGAUCGAACUAUUCAGUCCAUCAUGCUUCACAACGAGUAAAAGUGCAGUUCACUGUACAAGCUUCUAUCGAAUGGUGGUUGUCGUUGUCCCCAGCACAUGCCUUUUGAUUGCGUUCUUCGUGCUCCUGUCUCUAGUUAUAAGCGAGAAGUGGAGAAGCAGGAAUCUUUCAGAGCUAUCUGAGGAUUCAUUGUCCAGUGUGAGUUCGGAUCAACAGCCGCACAAGUGA